AUGGCUACUCAACAGAACAACGAUGGACAAUCUGCCCUCGCAAUCGCCCCCUCACUCAUCGUCGGCAUAGUGAUCCUGGCCUCAUUCGCAUGCAUCAUAAUCUUCGCUAGCAUUUUUCGCUACUGCCGCCGGAGCCAGUCCACCUUGGUAGAUCCUGGAUUCGCAUCUGAUACGGGCGGUGCUGAAUUCUACAACUCCAACAAACCUCCGUCGGCGGCACAAGCUGUCAGAUUGAAGGAGGUAAGAUGGAUCAAUAACAUGUAUGCGUGGGAGAGAGGGCGGCAGGCCCGGAUGGAAAUUGGAGAGAUAAGACCGACUACUAUGCUCAUGGGACGAAGAGGGGAGAAUAAGAACUGGGAUGAAUAUUCCAUUGCAGGAGAUAAUUCGUGGCCAAACAGCACGGGCAGUGGCAAUGCUGCAGGGGAAUACUCUCAUACUCCGUAUUUCAACAACCCCGACGGCCCUUGUGUACGGUCUUCUUCGCAGCAACGCCUAAGCCACCUCGCACCUCCCGCAGAUCAUGUCCGAAACUCUUACCAAUCGACUACCAGCGGCAACGGUUAUCUUCCACGACACCCGUCCGCGUUGCUCCCACCACCCGCUCAUGGUCGACGUGAAGCGUUAGGAUCGGUGACUCCGAAAAGCCCCUUGAGGAAUGAAUAUCAAAUUCACGCUGAAGAGCGAGACUUAAGAUCAGGACUCGAGGCAGGACUGCAGCUCACAGGUAAUAUGGUAGAGAGUGAUCCCACUCAACGCAGAGGGUGGAAUCCUUAUGGCAAUCCCAAAAUCACAAUUAGCGACGACAGUCAGGACGUGGCCCUUGGACGUUCCCCAACUCUGCGGGCAUACGACGUUGAUUUCGAAACCGUCCCACUCGAUGGUAGUAUUGAGACUGCAAAAAGUGGCGCGGGCACGGACACGAUUCAACAGAACCCUUCGAAACCAAGCCCAGAAAUUGCGGAUCAUAGACCAUCAGCGGUUGUGGCGAAUGACGAAUCGUAUCCGCCACUGAAACUCCAAUUUCUGUCGCAAUCAAAGUACCAGAACUCAGUGAAUGUGCAUGAGGGUGACGAAGUGGACCUACAUAGCGGUCCGAAUGAGCAGUUACCUAUGCAUCGCGCCGAGACAAGAACUAAGCAGCACAAGGAACAAGUGGAGGACAUGGAUGAAAGCACAAACGGCGAUGACGAGAUCUCGAGGGAAAACGUCAACGGGAUGAUUCAGGAAUGGGAGAGGGUGAAUGGACGCUUCGGAAGGAGUUACUUGGCUGCGCUAUAA